UUUGUUUGUAGCAUUAUUGAUAUUUGUCGUCCGCGGUCUGUGCUUAUUACUGCGUCUGUUUCUGCCUGUUGUUUUUGCCUCGUUGAAGUUCACGAUGGACGGUGCAACUCCAAUUUUAGAUUCACAUUCCGAUGGCGAACCAAAAGAAAGCAAUCACAUCGCUGAGCAAGAGCACAACGACGAAAAGAAGCAAACUCCAGAACCGCAUUGUUCUAACGUUAAAGAUUGUAAACUUGACCAAGAAGUAUCUAUGCUAACUGAGACCAGCAAACAAAUAGGAGCCAUCUCAAAAGAGAUUCAGAACCAAUCCCCUGAUGUUGAAGUUUUCAAUUUCAUAAAAAACGAACAUGAUUAUUCAAAAAGAAGAAUUACAAGAAAAUCUGCAGCUAAUCAGCUUAACGGUCAAACAAGAGAUGAUGGAAAUGCGCUAAGCCAAAAAGUGGAGUUCAUCUUGGCUGAAAUUCGGAAGCAAAGUUCUAUAGGGCUGAAAAAUAUUUCUAUUUUGUCAGAACAAUACAGACGAUCACGAUGUCAUUCGCCAACAGUGUGCACGGUAAAGUUUUCGAGUAGUCACGGACAAUUUCCGUCAAGAAAAUUUUACGACAUUAAUGGCAAAUUAAUGUUCGCGGAUGGCCAAAAUUUUACUUACAUCCAAACAAGUACGACAUCGAAUAAUAGGAAAUUACGUUGUUCAAAGAACAAUCUAGGCUGUAGGUCGACAGCCACCAUGCCGCUGAUACCGGAAAACAGUCCCAUUAUCGUCCAUCACCAGCAUUGUCAUGGGCCGGGAAACGACAUAGAAAUAGCUCUAUUUUUGGAGGUAUUAAGAGAAGCUCCUUCCAAAGACAAUUCACCGUUAAAAGACAUUUACGAUAAUGCGUGCAGGAGAUUUCCUAACGCUGCAAUCGAAAUUCCCAGGUGCAAAGCUUUCGAUAUAAUGCGACUCGUUCGCAGCAAACGUAAUCCGCCUGUACCGGAGAACUUAAAAAGAAUGGCGGAAACCAUAGUGUCAGAGGUUUGGGGAUUGCGCCUUUUGAACACUACCGAUGACGAUAACGACGUGCCGUUUUUUCGAAGUACUUUGGAAUAUGUGGAAAACGAAACGGUCAUCACCGGUGGACUAGUGUUUUCCAAUGUAGAGUUUCUCCUAAAGAACAAGCAUCAUUUAAUUAAAGCGAACACCCUCGUCGUGGACUCGUCGUUGGGCGUCGUCCCUCUUUCUCCGUCCGAUGUCGACCAACUAGUGACCAUACACGCGGUAUUGAAUAAAUUUUGUGUUCCUGUGGCUUAUGCAAUUCUCAACGGUAAAACGGAAGGCGUUUAUUUACGACUUUUGGAAUACCUUCGUAAAGAAUUACUAGUCAACUUAUUCGACUGGAAAAAAAUAAAAAUAAUUUCGAAUUUCGAAACAACUUUAAGAAGUUCGAUAAAAAAAGUAAUUCCUAAGUGCAAAGUGGUAGGAUGUUGGUUUUACUUUAAUCAGAGUAUAAUAGGAUUCGUACAAAAAAAUGAUAUGGUGCCAUUGAUCCAUAGUGAUUACAGAUAUGCUACAAUUUUGCGAUUGAUUGUAGCCCUGCCACUUCUCCCACCGAAAGUCGUUGCCAAGUUUCCAAAGGACUUUCACAUUGUUGGAGCUUUUGAAGCCAUACAGAAGAUGGCCUGUAGACUGAAAAUGAAUCAGUUUCAUAAACUAUUCGAAUUCGUUCAAUUUUUUUGGAUAGGAUUGGUGGGACCAGCGGCCUUUACAGUACACAGUCAAGAUAUCCGGGUCAACAAUUUCAUCGAAAGUUUUCACAGUUCUCUGAGAAGCCUAAUUGGCGUUCACCCUCCGGUCUGGAAAUUUUAUGAUAGAUUACGUUUAGUCGAAUACAGAGUUCGUAAAGAAGCAUCACAGUUGAUGAACGGUCGAAGGGUCGAAUCGUCAAUUGUUCUUAGCCGUGGAGACACAUGCAAUUCCCAUCUGGCUACUGCACUUGAAAACAUCAGAAACGGAAAGACCGACACUCUAGACUACCUUAAAAGAGCUUCGUAUUACACUAAAAAUUACAUACACCAACAUAUCGGCAUGGUACCGUACGAUGACCUGGCCAUCGAUCAACUGACAAUCCCGGUAAAGAUCCGAUCGCGAUUAACACCAAAUCCUCAAGCUAUGGCCGUCGAUGAUCAAACGGAAGACAGUGCAUCGCUUUGCCAUAGUGAAAUGACAUUUGACGAUUUGCCGAGAAGAGAGCGACGGCGCAAAAAACCUCAACCUGCUUCCCAUAAAAAAUAACAAGCUAUACUA